GUGGUGUGGGUUGGAGUGAAAUACGUGGCUAGCAAACUAUCUCAAAAUAAUCAACAACAUGAAUUUUUACCUUAAAGUACUCGUAUUUUGUCUUCUACAAUUCGUUAAUCAUAUCAAUGGCUAUUUCAUUACAGUAGAUCCGCAUUCAGAAGAAUGUUUCUUCGAUCGAGCUGAAGCUGGAACCAAGCUAGGGCUUAUGUUCGAAACAGUUGAAGGUGGAUUCCUCGAUAUCGAAGUGCGUAUUAGUGGUCCGGAUCAGAAAGUCAUAUACCAAGGCGAAAAAGAAUCUUCUGGAAAAUAUACAUUCUCGGCAUAUGAAACCGGUGUGUACCACUAUUGCUUCAGCAACAAAAUGUCAACUUUAACACCGAAAGUAGUCAUGUUUUCAAUGGAAAUCGGAGAAGCCCCAAAGGGCACUGUAGGAGCGGUGAAUGAAGGAGAAGCAGGGCACACGAAAUUGGAGGAUAUGAUUCGUGAACUAUCCGGCACUUUAACCAGCAUUAAACACGAACAAGAUUACAUGCAUGUUCGUGAUCGCAUCCAUCGGUCCAUCAAUGAAAGUACCAACUCCCGCGUAGUAAUGUGGUCGUUCUUUGAAGCAAUCGUUCUCAUUGUCAUGACCGUCGGGCAGGUAUACUAUCUCAAACGAUUUUUCGAGGUUAAAAGAGUAGUAUAAAAAAGCAGUGAGGGUUAUGUGGAAAAUAAAAUUGACUAUAUCUCA